AUGAAGACUGAAGAGGCUCCUUCUUGUCUGCAGCAGGCCACGCCGGUCCUUGGCUAUGGCUCAGAGUCGAAAAUGCGGGAGGUUUGUGCCGGCUGCAAUACCCCAAUCUCGGACCGCUUCCUGCUGAGGGUGAACGAGCGCUCGUGGCACGAAGGCUGCGUGAAGUGCACCGCGUGCCUCCAGCCCCUCUCGGGCACGUGCUACUGUCGCAACAGGCAGCUGUACUGCAAGCACGACUACGAAAAGCUCUUCCAGACCAAAUGCAGCGGUUGCCUCAAAGCUGUGGCUCCUUCAGAGUUCAUCAUGCGGGUGCUGGAGAACGUCUACCACGUCCACUGCUUCUCCUGCUGCGAGUGCGAGCGGCGGCUGCAGCGGGGGGAUGAGUUCGUGCUUAAGGAAGGGCAACUGCUGUGCCGCAGCGACUACGAGAAGGAGAGGGAAAUGCUGAGCGCCAUCAGCCCGGCUCCCACAGAGUCAGUGAAGAGCGAGGAUGAGGAUGGGAGUCACCCACACGGCAAAGGCGGCGAGGAAGGCAAAGACCACAAGCGCUCCAAGCGCCCACGCACCAUCCUCACCACACAGCAGCGCCGAGCAUUCAAGGCCUCCUUUGAAGUCUCCUCCAAACCCUGCCGGAAGGUGAGAGAGACAUUAGCGGCUGAAACCGGCUUGACUGUUCGGGUGGUGCAGGUCUGGUUCCAGAAUCAAAGGGCCAAGGAGCAUCCCUACUCCUCCUUGCAGAUGAAAAAGAUCGCCCGCAGGCAGCAACAGCAGCAGCAGCAGCAACAGGAACAAGAGCAGCUGGGGAACCCUCGCCUGGGGACAGGAAGGGGAAACGGCCGAAGCAGCAGACAGAGCAACGAGGACAGUGAAGAUGGCGCCAGCGUGCACGGGAUAGACGGGCUCAUGGUGCCCUACUCCAGGAUCGCCCAACAGCAGAUGCUUCCCCUGGAUCAGAACAGCUACAGCACGGACUUGUACCGGCAAGGGCUCACACCGCCCCAGUUGCCAGGAGACCACCUGCACCCCUAUGAUUCAGAAGGCGUCUUCCAUGACAUGGACAGCGACACCAUCGGUCACUUGGGUGAUUGCCUGCUGUCGGCGGCGGAAGCCAACCUCCUGCAAACCCGAGUGGGCAACCCCAUUGACCGGCUCUACUCCAUGCAGAGCUCCUACUUCACCUCCUGA